UUGACUGAGGGCUGCUGGGCCACCCUAAAAGAAGCAGAGAGUUCUGUGUUCAGAGCCUGGUGAAACAAAAUGUGGAUAUGUUGUCUUACUGGAGCUGACAUUACACCCCAUAUCAAAAGAUGCUCCAGGAGAAUCAAAGAAGAUGGGUAAAGAAGAGUCUAGAGUGGAAGAUGGCAGAUCAACUUGGAGGCCAGCUGAAAGGAAGCUGUGUAGAAAGAUGUCAGGGUGUGUGUAGGGCUCUGGCUGCCUUGCUGUACAGGACAGAGGUCCUGGUAUUGCUGACCUUUCUUGGGUCCUUGUUAUCCUAACCAUCUCUGCUGAGUUCUUGGCUAGACACAGUUGCAUUUUUGUGGAGGCCUGGGAAGAUGUUGCCUUUGGAGAGGGCACUGGCCUCCCCAAGAAGCUCCCCACCCCACCCAGAACCACCUACUGUGCGGCCGGAAGUUAGAUCCCAACAGAUAGUGCCCAGUCAGCAGGAGGAACCCAACCAGGGGGAAGUAGUCAUUAAGCAACAAGAACCUAGCCAGCAGGAGGAACCCAGGAGGCAGGAUGAACCCAUCCAGGAAGAAGAACCCAUCCAGGUGCUGGAACCUAGUCAGAGAGAUGAGCCCAACCAGGGAGAAGAAUCCAGUCAGCAGGAUAAUCCUCUCAAUCAGAGGGAAGAACUCAGUGAACAACAAGAACCCAGCCAGCGGGAUGAUCCUAGUCAGGAGGAAGAACCUAGCCAGUGGGAAGAACCUGGCCAGAAGGAUGUACCUAUGCAACAAGAAGAACCUAUGCAGCAGGAUGAGCCUCACCAGUGGGAAGAACCCAUGCAGCAGGAGGAGCCCAUGCAGCAGGAGGAGCCCAUGCAGCAGGACAAAACCAUCCAACAAGAGCCAGUUGAGCAGGAUAAGUCCACCCCACAGGAAGAACUCAUCCAGCAGGAGGAACUCAUCCAGCAGGAGGAAUUUCUUCAGCAGGAGGAACCUAUCCAACAGGAAGCCUUCAUUCAGUACGAAGAAUCCAUUCAAGAUGCUUCCAUCCAACAGGAACUCAUCCACCAGGAGGAGUCCACUCAGCAGGAUAAGUCCAUCCAAAAGGAAGAAUUCAUUCAGCUAGAGAAGCCUAUCCAGCAGGUAGGGUUCAGCAAACAGGAGGAACCCAGCCAACAGAAAGAGCCUAGCCAGAAGGAUCAACCCAACCAACAGGAAGAACCCAGCCAGCAGGAAGAACCCAGCCAACAGGAAGAACUCAGCCAACAGGAAGAACCUAACCAGCCGGAAGAACCCAGGCAACAGGAAGAACCCAGCCAACAGGAAGAACCUAACCAGCCGGAAGAACCCAGGCAACAGGAAGAACCCAGCCAACAGGAAGAACCUAACCAGCCGGAAGAACCCAGCCAGCAGGAAGAACCCAGCCAGCAGGAAGAACCCAGCCAACAGGAAGAACUUAACCAGCUGGAAGAACCCAGGCAACAGGAAGAACUCAGCCAACAGGAAGAACCUAACCAGCCGGAAGAACCCAGGCAACAGAAAGAACCUAACCAGCCGGAAGAAUCCAGGCAACAGGAAGAGCCUAGCCAAAAGGAUCAACCUAACCAACAGGAGGAAUCCAGCCAACAGGAAAAGCCUGCCCAGCAGAAGGAAACAGAAACCAGCACUGAAAGAUCUGCUGCUGACCUGGAGUUUUCCCGCCUACGCUUUCGGGAGUUUGUCUACCAGGAGGCAGCUGGACCUCACCAGACUCUGGCCCAGCUUCAUGAGCUAUGCCGCCAGUGGCUGCGGCCCGAGGCCUGCUCCAAAGAGCAGAUCCUGGAGCUGCUGGUUCUGGAGCAGUUUCUGGGCAUCUUGCCAGACAGGGUUCGUCCCUGGGUGGUAGCCCAGUAUCCUGAGAACUGUGAGAAGGCUGCCUCCCUGGUGGAGGGUCUCUCUGAUAUCCUGGAGGAGCCAGGAAUGAUGUUGUGUUCCCCAGGUGGGUCAUUAUCUUCAUUCAGCGAGGGAGACUAUAAGAGGUGUCCUGAGCCCCUGCUGCUACCACGUGGGUUGUCGGGUCCCAGCAGAGACCUAAGACCUAGGGACAUCCUUGUACGCCGUGAUACGUCUCCCCUUCUUCCAGCCUGGCCUACUCUGGAAUCUGUACAUCUGGAUGAAAAACAUUUAGAGGGAGAAAAGAAUGAAGAGGCCAACUCUGUCACAGCUGAGCCAAAGGAGUCUCUACAGUCAGAAUGGGACAACCUGGACUCCACAGAAGAUAACCUGACCAGUUACAGCAAGCUGCUCCUGUUGGAGUGUCAGUUUUUCCAGGCUGGUCCAUCCUCCACGCUGGAGACAGAACCAGAGGAAUGUUGUGUGGCAGAAGAACUACCAGGAGGCAGCCUCCCAGACAGUACGAGGCAGCAGGAAAGCAAAGGAAAUGUGUGUGAGGAAGUCUCCAUGGGGGAGACACUGAUGGAGAGGCUUUCAGAGGAUGUUCCUGUUAGUCCUUCGAUAGACACUGCCCAGGAGGAACAGCAACCUCAGAAGGCUCUGGAUGCUGAGAAUGAGGAUUCAAGUCCUGCCAGUCCCCAGAGGCAAUCAGUCAUCCAGCAAUCAGCCCAGGACAAGGCUACACCACAUAAAGGCACUGGGACAAAGAGGCCUCAUCCAGAUGACGAGGACGAAGAGGACCCUGAGUGUCCGUCCAGCACCAGCAGCUACAAGCUGCCAUUUGAUGCAGGGAAGGGGCUCCAUGUGGGUGGCCGUGAUUCUGGGCAGGACCAAGGAACUUCUGCUGUGCGAUGCCCUGCAGUUGAUGAGUUUCAUGUAUCCCAAGGGAACCCCUAUACAUGUAGUGAAUGUGGCAAGGCCUUUGCAUGGAUUUCGAACCUUAUAGAGCAUCACAAGAGCCACAGCACUGAGACAUGCUAUGUAAGCCAGGACUGCUAGGACCCCUUCCAGUUCAGCUUGGCUGUGGUCAAGCACUGGAAGAGUCACAUACAAAAAAAGAAAAGCCACGCUCAGUGCCCAUCUCUGCCACAAGCAAAGCCACUGGUGAGAGGAUUGACAGCUCCUAGUGUGUGGGUAGUUUUCCCUGUACAAUCUGAGGUGUCAGAUGAGGAACUCUGCUAUGAGUAUCCCAUGACAUGACAGUUGUAGCAUGAGUGUUCUUAAGGCGCAUGUGUGGUGGUGGCUUCCUGUGGUAUCUAUGGGCACAUCUGUGUUACUUUCUGGAUGCUCAUGGACUGAAAGCAACUGGAAAUGGGUGUGGCCCACAGGAAGCCCUCAUCUUAGAAACAUACUUUGGGCUAAUGUCCUAUCCUGUAAGGCAUCAGAUAUGAGGGAAAACUCCAUUUCUGCAGUGUUUUAAUACCACACAUACUCUGGUCAUUUGACAUUGUACAAAGUAUUACGUUGCCUUAAAGUAUGUGGUGUUUUCUUGAGCAUUCCUUGCCUCAGUUGCUUCUCCUUGAGCUCCCUGUCUGUUCACACAUCUAUUUGGCCUUUUUGUAAAUAUGUAAUGUCAGGUUUACUUCUGAAUCCUCAAAAGUAAAAAUUGUUCCUGAGUUCAAGUUACAUGUAUUUUAAUAUAUGGAGUUGCUUGCAAAGAUCACAAAAAUUGCUGAUUUUUGGACUGUGCGUUUCAGCCCAUUAGUGAAAUUGUGAAAUCCAGUUAGUGGAUGGCCACUGGCAUUACAAAGCAAUGAAGUAGAAUAAAGUAGGUCAGAAUGCAUCAUGCAGCAAAGGCAAGUAUUGUUUUGUGAAACUUCUCAGCUGUGUAUCUAAUAAUGAGAGCUGGCUACCAUGUUAAAUGUAUUUAUUAGGGGUAUGAUCAAAAGAGGUUUAAAAAUACUAACAAAGGUUGAAGAAAUGAUCUGUAUCUGAACUAAGAACCAAAUGUGGCCUACAUAGGUGAUCUUGAGGUUUUGCUUUAACUUCAGUUUAUAGCAUUGUUUCUGUUGCCUUACCAUAAAUUUAAUUGCCAUGCAGAUACAGAAAGGUGUCUGUCAGUGUUUGAGGAGGCAAUUUGUGUAACCCCCAAACCAGAGGCUUACCAUAAUAAAGUAUUUAUUUCUUCAUUCA